GGGACGCUGCCGGCUCCGCAGGCCGUCUCCAUGGACACGGUCAGCAGGAGACACGUCCUGCGCUGGACGCAGCCCAGAGCAUCAUGCAACUCCACCGUGCUUUACUCCGUUCAGUACCAGGGGGAGUUUGAGCUCCUGAUCAGGAACGGCAGCUGGAUAAACGCUACUGAGUGCCAGAGGAUCCCCCUCACCAGCUGCGACCUGACCUUUGACCUGGGAUCUGACUCCGACUACAGCCUGCGGGUCAGGGCACAGUGUGGCUCCAAGAUGUCCGCCUGGACCAGAUUUCUGUUCAACAGGAACAACAUCACGCCUCCGGUCCCUGAGCUCAGGUUGACGGCAGCGGGCGCCGUUCUGCUGGUUUCCGUCAGGAAGUUUCCUCUCACCGCCGUUACCACGGUCACGAUGUGGAGGAAAGACAAAGGGCAUCAGACUAAAGUUUACUCCAUGCCAGCAGACCAGGAGGUGCUGCAGGUCGCCGCCCUGCAGGAGGGAGCGGUGUACUGCGUCAAGGCGAAGGUUGUCCUGAAUCAGGACGUGCAGAGUGGGUUCACCGACAGCCACUGUUUCCAUCACAGGUCCUGGCGCUCCGGCGUGGAAGCAGCCCACCGUGGUGACGGUGACGGUGGUGGCCAUGUUGGGCCUCCUGAUCGGUUUGUUCUGGUCGCUCGUCCACUGUCGACCCGACUCCUGUCGACCCGACUCCUGUCAGAAGUAUUUCCAGAAAGAGCCGCUGCCGCCGUCGCUGAACGGAAACGUCGCCGUCCGGAUUGUGAUUCUUCAGGAGGAGCUCUGUGAGGAAACGCCCCACCUGCUGAGGGGCGGGGCAACGUGACCCCUGCGUGACCCCAACUCGGCGCUGCUCGACCUGCAGGUCUAAACGAGCUGGAAGGCGUGCGUUUCGAUCCCCAUGGAAACAGCCGCUUCCCGGUCCGGCGGACCGAAGGAAGCCGACCUCCAGGUUCUGCUGACUUCUGGUUUAAAACCAGGCUGCAUGAGGGGAGAGGAGGUCAAAGGUCACAGCUACAGUUGUUCUCAGCAGAUUUGAGAAAAAGAAAAUACCAUAAAAAGAUCAGAUAAGAGUUCCUGUUAUAUUUAUAUACAUGUAAAACCUAAACUUUACCUGAUGAAGAACGAGGAUGUUUAUGUUAAUUAUAUUAAUAUAUUCAUGGUUUCACGUCAGAUGAACACUUUAGCAGGUUUGGGUUCAAACUGAGACGUUUUGAUGAAGGAGAAUUUAAACUGUUUUAUUAACGUUCGGUUCUUCUGCGUCUUUUUAUUUCAAAGAUUAUUGUUUUAUAAACUGCUUCUUGUUUUGUCAUGAAAAGAUUUAAAGAAAAUAAAAAAAUCAUUUUAGGGUUUUGUUUCCUGAUGCAGCUAGUUACCAUGGCAACAGCAACAGGAAGUGAUUUGUUGCCCCGUUGCCAUGACAGUCUUGGAUGCUUUUCUUUUGUCUUUAUUUCAGUUAUUUUUUUAUAAAUCUUUUUUUACCCCAACUUUCUGUCCAGACUAAAAUAUUUUCUGCUUCCAUUUGAUCAACAGUUCCAUCAAAUUUAGACUUUAGAUGAAUGAGUUAAACAUUCAUGUUGGAAAGAAAAUCUUUCUUUAAAUGCAGAAUAAAUUAUAAUCUUUCUUUUCUGAGGGUGUAAAAGAUUUUUCACCAACAAUGAUUCUGAAAAUAUCACAAAUGUAUGUUUUUCAUCUCGAUCUGAUUGAAGAAACGUAAAACUUCCUAGAAAAACUGAUGCUUGAUGUUGGAACGCUGUGAAACUAAAACAAUAAUUUGUAAAAGGACGUUUUUCUUCAAGUUGUUUUCUGCACUGAAUUUAAAAUAAAUGUGUUUUUGUGGAUGUUGAAAUGUGUUUUUAUAAUGAAGUAUAAUUUUGUCCAUAUUAAC